UUGUAAACAAAAUAGUUUUAGUUUCUGAAUUUUUUACUAUGUUGUAUUCGAUGCAUUGCUGAAUCAGUGAUGACGUCCGAGGCGGAUGGUGGUAAUACGGGAACGGAUUGUGGAUUUGGUGAGGUGGAGUCACCAAGGACUCGAGCCCGAUCUGUGAUGAAUACAAAACUUUACGGAGUCAGACCCCAGAGUGCAACGUCAACCAGAAUAGUCAGUGCUAAAAAAGAGGAUGUUUCGGUACUCAGUCAUUCAAGUCUAAUGACCUUUAGCUCGUUUGUGAAUCAACAAACAAUUGAACAGAUCGGACUCAAACUUGGCGUUCCCAAACCUGUUAUCACUAGAAUAAAAAAUCACGUAGUCGAUGAGGUUAUUGGGCUACAUGAACCACUCGUUGUUCAGAAUUUUCAAAUACUCUGGGCUUGGCGGGGCCGGAAGUCAACAAAGAAAAUGGUGGAACAACUUCUGAAUGUUUUACGCGGAAUAAAUAAAUGGGAGCUUGCUGUGAUUGUCAGUGCUGCGCACAAAGAAAACAGGAAAAUCCGAAUGAGGGAUUUUAAGUAAAAUGUGUUCAGUAUAUAAUGGAUGAUACUAAAGCCUGAUCUAACGUCUGUAUUUUCUAUGAGAGACAAGGACUCUGCUAGCAAUCGCGUGUUAUAGUGCAGAAAUUGAGCAAGUCAUGAAGCAAGAUCGAUAUGCCAAAUCCCUUUGAUUCAUCUGAGAAUGUUGUUAAGGAAUAUCAAAAAACUAAUUCAUUAUAUGUGA